AUGUGGGGCGGGCGGCGGCAGCGGCCGGGGCCCAGCGGGGUGGAGGAGCUGCGGGCCCGGCGGCGGGAGCGGGAGGCAGCCCUGCGCAGGGCCCGGCGGCAGGAGCAGCUGCUCAGCAAGAGGCUGCUGCGGGAGCACAGCGCCGCGGGGCUCGGCCGGGGCGGAGCAGAGCCCACGCCCGCCCCUCUCUCCGAGGAUGAGCUGCUGGAGCUGCUGCGAGGGCUGCGGAGGGGCUCAGAGGACAGGAGGCACUGCCUGUGCCGCCUGCGCCAUGCCCUGCGGCACAAGGAGAGCCAGCGGAGCUUCCUCAGGCUGGAUGGCAGCAUCCAGACCCUGGUGGGGCUGUUCACCAGCAGCCUGGGGGAGCUGCAGCUGGGGGCUGCCCGCUGCCUGCAUGAGCUGUCCUGUGGAGACCCCCCCGUGGCCGAGGCCUGCCUGCCCCUCACCCCAUACCUGCUCACCUACCUUGCAGGGCACAGCCUGGAGCUGACGGAGCUGUGUCUGUACACCCUGGGGAACCUGGUGGUGGAGAGCCAGGCUGUGAGGAGACAGCUCCUGCUGCAGGGCAUCAUCCCAGUGCUGGCCUCCUGCAUCCAGUCCCCCCAUGAGGCAGUGCUGGAGGGUCUGGGCUAUGUCCUCUCUCAGCUGCUCCAAGCCAAGGAAGCUCCCAUGGAGAUCAUUCCGCUGGUGCUGAGCUCUGCCCUGCCCCAGCAGAUGCUUUGCAGGCUGCAGGGGGGGCUGGGGGCUGGGGCAGGAGCUGCUGUGGAGUUUGCUUGGUGCCUGCACUACAUCACCUGCAGCCACACAGCCAACAGGGAGCUGCUGGCCCUGGGGGCUCUGCCUGUCCUCAGCCAGCUGCUGCUGGACCUGGCCACAGACCUCCCCCCAGAGGCUCCCGAGGGGCUGGAGCUGCUGGUGUCCCCGGUGCUGCGGUGUCUCAGCAGCCUGCUGGCCGAGCAGAGUGGUGCUGAGGGGCAGCCCCAGGACCAUCGCCUGCUGGUGGCUCUCUUCCUGCUGCUGCAGAGCUUCCAGCCCCAGCAGCCCUUCGUGCUGCAGGAGGGGCUCUGGCUGCUCAACAACCUCACAGCUCAGGAGCCCUUCUUCUGCUCUGCUCUGCUCUGCCUGGACCUGCUGCCAGCCCUGCUGCAGCUGCUGCCCUGUUCCCAGCUGGGCAGCCUGCUGGUCCUGACGGUGCUGUGCAACGUGGCAGAGAAGGGCCCAGCCUACUGCCAGCAGCUGCACCAGCAGCAGGCCCUGCCCCUGCUGCUGCCCACCCUGCUGCUGCCUGACCCCAGCCUAGUGGGGCAGUGCCUGGAGCUGCUGCACCUCCUCUUCCUGCACUGGCCAGAGGCUGCUGAGGACUUCGUCAGGCAAGGUGGGCACCAGGCUCUGGAGCGGCACCAGAGCAGCUCAGAGCUCCAGGAGAGGGCAAGAGCA